AUGUUGCGCAGUCAAAGUAUUUCCGAUAUCAAUGAAAAAAAGACUUCAUCAACGUCAAAACUAUUCAAUGCAUUCAAAAGACUGAGUAAUAGCAAUAGCACUGCUUCAACUGAUAUACAAGAAAAGAGAAAGUCACGUCCCUUAAGCAGUAGUAUAUCAGCCCUCAAUUUGAAGAUAUCGGCGCCAGUUCUACAAGAAUCAACAAGCACUACUAAGAACCCAUCCUACCUUUCCAAUCCUGAUAACAAAGAGAAUAUCAACCACCACCACCAACAACAACAACAGCAAAGUGCCAAGUUGAAGACAAGAUCAAGUACACCUAAUUUAAAUCGUCGGUCAUCAGUCUAUUUCUCAGGUCCUGACUCUAAACCAACUGCUGCAACUGCUAGAAUGCUUAGAACUAACAACAGAUAUUCAUUUAUCGCUGGUAACAACUUCCAAGCCCAUAGCAGCAAAGACUUAACCAGUGAGGAUAGCCAUACAGGACAUUCCAUCACCAACAACACCGCCUCAUCAUCAGCUCACAUUAGUCCGGCAACAAUUUCUUCACAAUCAGAUUCAAUUUUUGAUCAAUCGUCAAUCAGUUGUGUUGGUGAUGACGAUGAUAUUGAUAGUGAAGCAGGUGGAACUGGUGCAUCUUCGGAAAUAUCUUCAAUACAUACGGCUGAAACUAGUAACGAAGCAAAUUAUGUCUAUGCCAAACACAACACCACCGCCACCGCCAAAACCAAAACUAAAUCCACUUCAACUGCAUCAUCAACCAUACCUGAGUCGCCAUCCUCAUCAAUAAUCUCCACAUCAAUACCCAAGAAAUUGCAUCGCACGACAAAUCUUUACAACUUGAAUGAAUUUAUCAAUAAACUAAGUAUCGAUGCCAAUACAUUGCCGGCAUCUUCUCCUUCUGCAUCUUCUUCAACCUCAAUUCAACAACCACUGACGGAAAUGAUAUCAAUGAGUAAUCGAAAAUCAAUUGAAUUUGAAAAUCAUCAAAUAAAACAGUUGAACAAUAAAUUAAAUCUGAUUGGCCACCUUUAUUCACAUAAGCAGGCUCCUGCUGAAGCUUCAUAUCAUUGUCAAAUUAAAUUAGUGGAAAACGUGUUAUUCCUAACUACCCACACCGACCAAGAAGAUGUACAGCCUAAUGGACAAAAUAACACCAACAGAUGCAGUUUCGAUUAUGAUUUGAAAUUGGAUGAGUAUUUGGAUGUAUUGAAGAAUGAAGAAUAUAAUCUUGAUGCAUCAUCCAUGGAUAGUAACAUAUUUGAAUCGGAUGGUGAUCAAUUAUACCUAAUGUACUAA